GGCGUCCCAAAGUGAACACUGCAGACCUCUCACCGUCUCCCCUUCCUUGACGCUAGUGGCGCACUCAACGACGUCUGAAAAUGUUGUUGUUUACCCGCCUCCAGUGAAAUGGAUACCGACCAGGGGGAGGUCUGGGACGGAGCAUAAAACUCGCCGGGUGAUCGAAGGUCGUUUCGGUAAUUUAUAUUUCUGGACAAAUCGCAGGACUGUACAAAUAAAAAGACCCGCAAGAUAGACGGCAUUGCAUUGAGAGGGAGGGGGAGCAGCGACUGGAAGAUUAAGCAUCCCCAGCAGAGGGCAAAGGAUUUUUUUGAAGAGGAGAGGUAACCAUGGCUCCAACUUUGUUUGACGAGAAGCCGGAGCCUGGGGACUUGAUCGAGAUUUUCCGGGGGACCUACCAGCACUGGGCUGUGUACAUUGGAGAUGGUUACGUCAUCCACCUUGCUCCUCCAACUGAGACCGCACGCGGUGGAGCCUACAGCAUGAUGUCAGUCCUGUGCGACAAGGCCAUCAUAAAGAAGGAGGAGUUAUGGGAAGUGGUGGGGACAGACCAGUACCGUAUAAACAACCUGCUGGAUGACAAGUACAAGCCAAGGAACUCUGAUGCCAUUAUGAGAGAGGCCCAGAACCUGCUAGAGCAGGAACGGCCUUUCUCUGUCUUCAGAGGAAACUGUGAGCAUUUCGCCACAGAGCUGCGAUACGGGAAGGCUGAGUCACGCCAGGUGCGCCAAGCCGUGGAGGUGGGAGUGGGAGUGGGUGUGGCCACAAUGAUUGGCGUGGGAGUACUUGCUGUUGCUGCUGCCAUCUUUGGGAGUGGGCGCAAAGAGAGGAAGGAGAACCAAUGAACUGAGGGAGUUCACAGAAGCACACAACUGCCAAGCCUUAAAGUAAUUCUGCUGAAGUACUGCCAUGCAUUGACUUUGCUCUCCCUGCCCCAGGAAUGGCAAAUCCCUGUGGAUUUUGUAGAUAGCUUCCAAUGUUCUAAUUCAGAAAGCAGGCAUGUCUGAAAAAGAUGUUACACACACAAUUUAUCCCUGCACCAAUCCCAAUGUCUGUCCCGAUCUGUCCUGACUAGCCAGUAAAGUCACAUGGUUUAAUCUCUCUUUAUGAGCUGUGGUUUGGAAACUGAACAUGUAACUGGAAAGUUCCAAGUGAAAAUUCAACAUAAUGUAAAAUGUAUUUAACUUGAAUUAAUUUGGUAGAAAGGGAUUACAUGUAAGCUAUUUCAUUCACCUUGGCUGAGGGGUCUAAUAAGCAAAUAAACUAGACAUCUGUAAUGUGUUUGCCAAAGGCAUAGUAAUUAGACUGUGGUCCAAUAUAAUAAAAUCAAUGUUUGAGCUCUGGUGGGAGAGAGAGGAACAUCCAGGUUGGUGCUAUUGAAGUAUCAAGGAUGGCUGAACAAACAUGGAUUUACAAGCAUUCUAGGUGAACACAAUGGAAACGAGAUUAAAAUGUUUAUUUUCAAUACACUUCAUAAUAAAUGUUUCUCUGAGAUUUUUUGAAAAUUGGGUAUUUACUAAAUCGCUUCACUCAGGAUUGCUAGAGUUGUUUCUUGUGCUGAAAUUGUUCUCAGAAACAAUUAAGAAAAUUAGCAGGUUAAAACAAAUUUAUUAACACUCCUAUGUUAAUCGUACCUUUUCGUAAUUUAAAAUGUAUUUUUAGUGUUAUGAAUAUACACUGGUGCUUU